GCGGGGGAGCACCCACUCGCGUCUGCCUGAACUAUGGGGCGCAGCGGCCGCCUCGCCAGGCAAGGAGAGCAGCUUCUCCUGGGUGCCGUCUCCUCCCGCCGUCCGCAGUGUUCUCACCUGGACUAUCGUAUGAGAGAGGCAAGGGUUGAUUCGGAUGCUGUAAGAGUAUCGUCUUCGCAAGCAAGCAACAGCGAGGAGCGCUAGAGUAGUGGCACCUGUUUCUAAGGGGCCCGAUCAGGAUUCCUGAAGGGAACCCGAUGCAAAAGGUCGCAUGAGCUACUGCGAGGCAGGAAGAAAAGGGAUGCGGGCAGCCAGCGUUUUCCGUCUUUCAGCGACGCACAUCAUGCCGAAGUUAAGGGCUCUGCGGUCCCUCUUUGAUGGUCUGUUGAGCUGAGGCUUUUAAGAAGGGUUGUCCAGAGGAACAUAGUGCUGCCAUGUCACACGUGCUGCUUAAAGUGCCUUUUGGGGCUGCAGUCUAUUCACACUUACCUGAGAUUACAGAAAUGUCUGCCCCAUCAAUGAAGGAAAGGAAGGCUUGCUGGGGAGCCCGGGAUGCAUAUUGGAAGUGUUUAGAUGAAAAUAAGGAAGAUGAAUCUAUGUGUAAGAAGUUUAGAUGUUCUUAUGAAAAUAGCUGUCCACAACAGUGGGUUAAAUAUUUUGAUAGAAGAAGAGAUUAUUUAAAGUACAAAGCACAGCUGGAAGCAGGAGAAUUUCAACCUUCAGAAACAACUGGGACGUCAUAGCUAUUCAUCAGCUUUCACAAAAAGAAGCUUACAAAAGAAGAUUACAAAAGACAACCAGCAGUGUGAUACCAAUGUUGUAGGUAUCAGUAAAGGACAUUGAUGGGCCUAUAAAUAACUCUUAAGAACUUUAUCUGGCACUGAUGUGAAGGCUCCAGCUGCUGUAUUCUUUAAAUACAUGAUCAUGUUGAGAGGGAACACCCAUCCGGUCUCCCUCAUCACUGAAAGGCUGCUACCAAUAAAUUAUGAACAAGUAUGCUUGUCAGCUCAAA